GACUUGUCAAUUAAUGUGUGUUUAUAUACAAUUCAAAAAGCUUAGCUGAUUUUUCCAAAGCAAAAAAAACCAUUCAUGGAAGCAGAGGAAAUCUUUAAGCUUUUUGAUACUUGUUGGUUUGGCUUUCAAAUUUUGAAGGAAUAUCCAAGUUCUUCAAUAUCAACAAUUUCUCAUGAAAACCAACAUCAUCAAAUUCAAGAAAAACUAACGCUUUCUCGUAUCAAAACCAAACAUACAAGGUCCAUAAGUGACCAGUUAAACUCCAUGACAAGUUUCAAACAUGAUUCUAUGUCUCCAAACUCUGUCCUUUUCCAACCACAGCUUCAAACAAUCCUCUCAGGAAAAGAUGUCACAGACUUCAACACAGAAGCUGAAAAGCAAAUACAGUUGCAACUUCAAGCUGUGCCUAACAAGAACAUCAUAAGAAAUGGAAGAAGGAAAAGUGGAAGCAAGAGUUUAUCAGACCUUGAGUUUGAGGAGGUAAAAGGGUUCAUGGAUCUUGGUUUUGUUUUCUCAGAGGAAGAUAAAGACACAAGCUUGGUUUCAAUCAUACCUGGUUUGCAAAGGUUAGGGAAGAAUGGUGAAGAAGAGGAUGUUUCUGAUGUGUCUGCAAUUCAAAGACCUUACCUUUCUGAAGCAUGGGAGGAUCAGAAAAGGAGAAAGAAAGAGAAACCUUUGAUGAAAUGGAAAAUUCCUGCUCCUACUAAUGAAGUUGACAUGAAAUAUAGUCUCAAGUGCUGGGCUCAAACUGUUGCUUCUACUGUUAGAUGAUGAAGUUCAUGGUUCAAGGUUUUCUGGUUUGCUUGUAUCUUUGAGGUUGUAUUUGAUUUUUGGCUCCUUCUUUUCGUUACGUACUUUGUUUUAGUUGUUUCAUUAUUUUCUGAAAUUUGUUGGAAAUUCACAUUCCACAAAUUUGUAUAUUGUAUUCUUAGACAAAAGUAUGGGAAUGUCACUCCGGUUAUCGGAUCUGUUAGUUCAGUUUGUAGGUGUCAGACAACUUCUUUUGUAUGAGAAAUAGCAAACCAGAAAACAUGAACAAAUUGGAUUACAAAUAGUUCAGGGAGAGGGCUGCUGUAACCUUACAACUCUACUUGGCCUUCGAGGUGAUUUAUCACGUCAUGGACUUGACAUCAGAGCAAAAUUGACGAGUCGCUAUAUAUCGAAGUCCUUGACAAACAAAUUGUAUAGGUAGCAAAGGUUGUACGAGCUAAAGAUGUAGUAGCUGUUUGUUUGGCGGUGUAUGAAAAGUGGAUGUGCGUUUAUACAUAAACUACAUUUUGCAGCUUAUGUAUUUUCACGCUAUAUUGCUCUUAUCAAUGGGAAAGACACUAUAAAAUUGGAAGACAUUGCAGCUGCAAUUACGUCUCGCUGUCAAAUAAUCAUAAUGCAAGGGAAGGGUGUCCAGAACAUGUUAGGAAGGAAGACAAACGAGUUUCUGCAAGGAGAUUGAAGUUGAAAAUAAAAGCAGAAAAAUAUUUCAGUGCCACAAUUGCAAACAAGGCACCAGACUCAUCCAGUUCUAGGAAUGUGGCUGAAAUUGACAAAUCUGAUAUGGAAGUGAAUAAGAUUUACCGCAUAAAAGUGGUUCAUCAGAGUCAUGCCAGACAAUUUUGGAUUUAUAUCCAUAAAUCAAGAAAUGAUUUGAUUCCAUGCAUACUCUAUAGGCGAAUGGUUUCGCCAACAGAAUUAAUAGAGAUAAGGACAUUCUUAGAUUGAGAAAUGGUGCUUUGUUGGGGAAGACAAUUGUAUAAGACAUUGCUUCAGUCGACCCUGAUAAUGAUGCAGCGGAGAUUCAGUCUUACAUUGAGCACAUUCGUAUUUACAAGUCUAAUCAUAGAUUGAGAAACAUGAUUAUUGAACUUCAAUAGGGAUGACAUAGAAUUAUGACUCAUGUUCAAUAAGAUAUGUGUAUAAAGGGGUAUAACUUUAUAAAUGUAUUGGUCAGAAAAAUGUUCAAAUCAUAUCAUCAGUUUUUUCA